AAACAGUGGAUCUUUGUGGGAGGAUUAACGAGAAACCUUCCAUGACUCAUACCUGGUGUAAAUAUGACAGAACGUGUCUCUAUCUUGGUUGUGUGUGCAUGACUGACCAUUGCUUUAUGACUGCCAGACAUCAGGCUUUGAGUUCCUAGGAACCCAAUAACAAAACCACGUGGGGAUAAUGGACCAAGAGCAAAACCGAUAAAGGAAAUGGACCAAAAAAUGCAAAACAAUGGAAUAGACACACCAAGUAUAGGUAUAGCAUUUUAGAUCAGCUUACUGGGGAUGGUGAGUUUGAAUGGUGAAACAUGUUGAGAUCUGAUUAUAUAGUUGUUCACCAUGGCUGAAAAUGAUAGUAACCCACUAAUCAUUUCAGUAGUGGUGGACUUAAUAAGUGUGUAUCUGCAAAUAGUGUACUUCUUAAUCCAUUACAUUCAUGUUUUGACAUUUUGUAUUUAUGUUGUACAAAUGUUAUGCUGUCUACUUGGUCAGAUCUCUAAAUGAAAGAUUUUAUUAAUGAAUAAAUGUCUAAUCUCUUAAGCACAUUUAUAAACAAGUAAAUAUGGCUGUUUGCUUGUCCCAAUGGUUUCCAAGUUUCUGAAUGAGCUGGUAGUGGCUGAAGUGCCAUGAUUUACGUGGCCCUGGAAAGUGUCCCCCUCUAAUAUGACUAUAUGACUGUUGACAUGCAGUAAAACGACAUUAAAUUCGUUUAUGUUUCCAUGCAGCCAAAUGUCAUUGGGCUGCUGGUCUUUAACAACAGAGUCAACAACUUGACCUGCCGUUUUGAAUCGUGCUUAACAUCAUGCGAGAGAGAGGGGCAGAGGGAAGGAUCUUAUUGGUGGAGAGCAGUGGUGGCCAGCCUAUAAAUGCUUGUAGAGGAGAGACCAGAACCUGUGGCAUCUGCGGAGGUCACAGGAGUCCGUUUCCCACCAGUGGUCGCAUAUUGUCGGUGGAAACAGCUGUUCUCUCAGGGGCACAUGCAUCAGGUCAGCAUGUCUAUGUCAGGACGUCCCAACACGGUGCGAUUGGUGUUCCUCGGAGCGGCGGGGGUCGGGAAGAGCGCGCUCAUCCGCCGUUUCCUCCACAACCGCUUUGAGCUCAAGUACACGCGCACAGUGGAGGAGCUUAACGUGCUGGAGUACGACACCGCUGGGUCAGGGAAGAUGCAUCUGGAGAUCUUGGACACGAGCGGCAGCUACUCGUUCCCGGCCAUGCGGGAGCUCUCCAUCCGACACAGUGACGCUUUCGCCCUGGUGUACGCGGUGGACGACCCGGGAUCCUUCGAGGAGGUGCGGCGGCUCCGAGACGAGAUUCUGGAGCUGAGGGGCGGUAAGCGUGCGCCCAUCACAGUAGUUGGCAGCAAAGGAGAUCUCACCGAGACCGAAGGUCGCGUGCUGCUGGCGGGUGAUGUCAUGGCUACAGUGGAGGGCGAAUGGGACGCCAACUUCGUGGAGGCGUCCGCGCGCACAGGUGGAAACACGGUUGGAGUUUUCCGCGCGCUGCUGCAACAGGUGGACCUGCCGCACCGGCUGAGUCCUGCGUUGUGCAGGCGGAGAGACACGGUGCCCAGCCCUGCAGCCAAGAAAAGGCCACCACUGAAGAAGAGCAACAGCUGUGUCCUGUCAUAAGAACAUCUUCUGUGUUUGAUGAAGGACUCUGCAGCUGGACUGCUCGUGUUCAGGUGUUGCUGGUCAUCACAGUACUACACCUGGUUUGUGCAGCGGUGGAAAUGUCCCCUAUGAACUACAGCUAUGACACUUUACUGUCUUUAGUCUGGGCAGUAUAGUCAUGAUAGUUUAGGGAACCCCUGCUUACAUGCCAUGCACUUUAUAUGUGUUUUGUGUAUAUUUUUAUAUUAUGCCUAUAAAAUAACUUUUGUGAA